GAAAGGGAAAGUGAAAGUUGUAGGCAAUGCUGACUACCACGCUACUAGAAGAAAAGACCAGAACAAAUAGGGGAACUGAUCUCAUGAACUGUCUGCACUACUAGCAGGGGAACAAAGGAAAAUGUGCAAAGAAUAUUGUUUCAUGCGGCGUUGUACAAGGACCUCCUCCUGUCACUCUCUUUGAUGUUGCUUGAGGAACAAGUAGUCUAUUAGAACUAGGACUAAAGAACAAGAUCAAGAUGGGAAACCUUCUCGACAAACCAUGCAAGGAGAAGGAGAUGGAAACCGGCAUUGGCAUGGGCAUGCCCUAUGCCAUCGGUGCCAUGCAGGGGUGGCGAAGGUCCAUGGAGGAUGCGCAUCUCGCCUCAUUUGUCGCUAAGCAUGGUCCAGAGCCCGUGGCGCUCUUCGGUGUGUAUGACGGGCAUGGCGGGAAAGAAGUCUCAAUACGAGUACUUGAUAAUACUAUGACUCGCUUCGACCGUCAUCCAAUUUUUCCAAAUACGAAGAUCGAUAAUUGUUGCAAAAAUAAAGUGCACACAGAAACGAAGAUAUGCAGAAGACGAUGAUAACACUCCUGAAAAUACAGCGACAUCACAGGUCGCCAAAGAGUUCGUCGGCGUGUUCAAUAAGCAGAAGGAAAGCGCAGACGCAGGAGAGGCGCUGAGGGAAACCUACGUCGCUCUCGACAAGGAUAUGUUGAAAGCAGCAGGGGGAAUGACAAUGUUUUCGCAGGUUGGGUGUACAGCGAUUACAUGCGCCAUACAAGGUAUAGAUGAAGGUAGAACUUUUCUCUCGUGCAGCAUUGUUCAUUAGUCUAUGACUUCAUGCCGUACAAGAUUGUGUUUUUUGUACUAGUAGAGGAAACUACUACGAAGCGAUCAUUCUUUAAUACAAAAUCAAAGGACGAUUCUACUCGGGCACAUUAUAUACCUCGCACUUAAAAACGACUACUGCAUAGGUUCAUCCGUGUAUUUUGCCAACGCCGGCGAUUCUAGGGGCCUGAUAGGAACCAGGCAAGGUCAGGUUCGCGUUGCAACCCAUGAUCAUAAGCCUAACAGUCCACGCGAACGCAAGAGGAUAUACGACGCAGGAGGCACCGUUGACCUGAUAUCCGGACAGCACAGAGUAAGCGGAAACCUGAAUUUGUCUCGUGCGCUUGGCGACCUCAAGUAUAAGUUAGCGAUGGAGUCCACAGGACCAGAAAGACAAAUCAUAUCAGGUUGGAACAUGUUCAGAACAUCUAUCUUUAUAUAGUCUUUCAUUUUGUCCUCUCCUUUCGUUCGUUGAUGUUCUCGUCCUGGUUGUUAUAUGGUCAGAAAUGAGGCUCUUUGACAUUUUCUCUGACCUUUAUAAUCCUAAAUUAAUAGUAAUCCUCGCGUCUUCUAUUACUCAUUCUAUUCGAGCGUAGUGCGUAGCGCAUUAUAAACAUGGAUAUGCACUUGAAGAUCAUGAACAUUGAGAUGUAUGGACUUUGUUUGAUGGAGUUUUUUUGUAGGCUGUAUGAUGGCUUCUGUGAUUUUUGCGCCCUACUAAUGAUUAGUGGCCUCAUUUCAUCUCCCGCCAAUCUGUCUCUGUCAAUGAAAUUUCAUUUCGAACAAUCGGUCCAUCAGGUUACCCAGACAUUCUCUCAACGGAAUUGCAGGAGGACGAUGAGUUUCUGAUUUUAGCCUGCGACGGGAUUUGGGACGUUCUGACGAACGAAGAGUGCUUAGCAUUUGUGCAGAACUUCCUCGAAGACGGACCACAUUCGGAACAAAAGCUCAAGAAAUGCGCUGAAGCUCUACUCGAGCGAUGCUGCAGCCCGGAUUGCAGUGUACUACUACCUAAGGGAAGAAACUUAACUACGACUACUACUACUUCGUAGAAGAGAUCAACUUCUACAGAACUUCCUUCGAAGACUACACCAGUGCUUCUCACUCCUUUGUAUCUGUGGCUGGAGAAGAGAUUAUGACUUUCCGACAGAAGAAGUUGUUUCAUAAAACUUGUCCUGUCUUGUUCAGGUGAAUGCACUCGGAACCGAUAAUAUGACGGUCGUUAUUGUCAGCCUGCGAAACCGAGUCGGCGGUGGUGCAAAGGAUGCGGAGGGAAGGCCGAUUCUCAAGUUCAAUCUUUCUGUUCCUUGUUCUGAUGUUGAAGUAUAUUCAACAACAGAUUCUAGUUGUAGUAGUGAGUCACUCACGACUAGUUUCUCAAACUCAGUAGGUAGUCGUAGUUCCCCUACUUCAACAAGUAGGCCUGGUAGAGGCGGGCUUGUGUCCGCCUCAUGUGGAGAAGCUAAUUUGGUUGACGAGUUAGAGAGUUCUGUUUUUGCAGCAAGCGGUGCAGACGUGCACAAACUGCUAGUAGUACUGAAAAGGAAAAACAAGCCUGCGGAGAGGAGAUUCAUGCUCCUUCCAGAGCCCGCGCGGAAGCUCGUUUACCAAAGAGAUGGCCAUCAGCUCCUAGUGUACACGUAGAUCAACUUGCGCGCAGCAACUGACUCUGCGCAGCUCUAAUACUUGAUCACUGUAGUUUUUUCGUCACUGUUUGUACCAGUAUGUUGAGCAUUUUAAUUUUUAUCUACUCGUGAGGAUUCCAUAUCAAUAGCCUGAAAGGUGUUGCAAUGAGCUACUAGCGUGUUGGAAUAAUUCAACAAGUCGCCUUAAGUAUGAAGAUGUAUCAAAAUGAUACUCAUACUCUACUGGAACGAUUAGCGUUUUAGAUAAGACGUUGUCACUUUGAGUUAUCGUUAGUGUAGUCAUUUUACUUCCCGAGACUACCGCGACGAUGCACAAACUGCUACCGGUGGAUGCCAGAGUAGUAUGAAUAUGUGUACUAGAAUACUUCAUCUUCACUUGCUUUUUCUCGAUGAUAUUUUUUCGGAUCGACAUGAGGAAUUAGGAAGCCUCAUGUAGAUUUUGAGAAUUUAUCUAUAUCUACUUACUAAAUAUGAAAUAUGUAUGUUCUCGUCGCAACCAUGUGACUGGUUUGAACGUCGCCUGUAUUUGAGCGGAGAAGGUUCUCUUUGUCUUUCUCCUAUGCAAAAGCAAAAAAUAUGGCCGUUCCGUUUACCAACCACGUUGCCUCUGAGAAGAUGGCCUUCUAAAGUUGCAAUUGCAUAGCCAUCCGAUUGGCUUUGGCGACUCAAAAAGUCGCUUUUCACCAUUUUGUUGUAUCAUCGCACAAGCUCAACACUUUUCCUCUAAUCGUCCUAUCAGCAUCGACAACGACAUUUUCGCCUUUGUCCGAUUCCGAUUGAGCAAUUGUGUAAGUACUUGUUGUGCUUACUAUUGCUUGAUACAUAAUCUCUCUUUCUCUCCUCAUAUUUACAAAGAGAAUGUAACACUAACAAGCUAGUAACUACUAUAGUGACAUCAUGAUUAUCCACCAUGAGUGACGUACUCGUCAGGGUCACAAGUGACGGAGGUUCAUUCGGCCGCUUACUCUAACAGUUUUGUAAGAGUGAAAUGCGUGGUUAGCACGAUAUUGUUUGUGGAUACGCCACGUACUUGAGUAGUUGCAAUAUCCAUGUGAUUUUUGUGAUGCGUUCGGUAUUAUGAUUCCUAUUACCCUAUUUGGUUCCAAUUGUUCUACCAGCACAGCACAGUCAAAGAUUUCAUUUGUCUCUCAACAGCAUCGUGAUGAAAGACCUAGCUUAGCAUGCCAAAAUGCUCCAUAUCUGGGCUCGCGCGCUUUCCUGUGGUGAGCCGGGAUUAGGCACUUGACUGGUAGAUUGAGCAUGACCGAGUACAACCUUGUCAUGGGGAUGCAUAUCGUAAUCUUUUUAAGCAUCUCCUCCUCCCGGUGCCGCUGCCGGUUGAUUACUUUUUCCUAUGCGCGACUACUAUGAUUUCUUUGAAAUUGAAAAGCACUCAUAGCUGGAUAUCAUUGGUUUGCAGUAGUUUUUACGCGAAAGGAUAGGAACUAGAUCGACGUAACAACAAGAACAGCUAGAGCUCACAGGUUGCUACUUGCUGGAUAGAAUGAAUUCAGACGAAGGGACUUCAUGCGUCGUCGUGUAUAAGUACAUAGUUUAGAGGGGGAACCGCCGGGUAGUUGUCGACUUGUGUGGCAUCUGUCUGGUGGCUUGCAGAGAUCUUGGGGAAUAACAUAUGUAGGGGCUUUUCCGGUAGGAUAAUGAACCAAGCUUUAUCUGUCAGUGGAGCCACGCUUACACCAGUUGUAUGGGGAGUCGCGGGAUUUCUCAUUGACUCACUGAACAAGACCGUGCGCGAUAGCAUGGUGAAGAGAGGGUCUAAUGGAUUUGGAAAACAGCCAACUUCAAUAGAGGAAAAUAGAGAUAGCUUGACUCCUCUCCUCGUGAAGCGAGCGCAACAGUAUCACUAGCACUAGUACAACAGUCCUCUUCUAGAAGAAACCCUUGCGGGGAGGAGCGUCAAAACGCAUUACCUAUUAUUCUUGUUUCAACAUCAACAAAAUCAAAACUCUGGUCUGAAAUAAUUGGAAUAAGUAUUCUAUGAGCAGCUGCAAGGAAGAUCAUCAAGAUGGUCAUGGUUCUCGUUUCCACGCAAACAGGCACAGCCGCAGUCGACUUUAGCUUUCGUGGAGCUAUCCAAGAACCGCUGACGCAUUUGCACCGCGUAGCUUAGUAGACGCGACAUGGAUCAUUACGGAGUAUAUACGUGGUGACGCCGGCACGAGCUGCUCUGGUGUUUAUCUUCCGCACACGAGCAUGGCUUUUGGGUUCACCAUCGCCGAAGAGCGAUAUCCUCGUAGUGCCGUUGUGCGUGUCACUGUGACGUCGAUGCACAAAAUUUAAAUAGGAAAAAUAGAUCACGAACACCGCUUGUUAUCCUCGACGACGUUGAACCCACUAUCGCUGAAUGAGCAGUGUCUCCUCGUUCUUCACUGUAUUAAAGGAAAUCAUGCCGGACUUUUAACACUAUAUGAUCAAGCUGCAAAACGGAGGACUUCGACCUCCAUCGUUGCCUUGGUCCUUAUGGGGGUCCGCCUGGUGUGGAUUGAUAUGAUCACGAACAUGCAUGAUAGACAUGCAUUCGAUAGCACGGAUAGCUGGUCUUAUUCAUCGUUUGCAAAUGCAUAUUCUUGAUAGAGGAUCUUCAUGAUUGAUGUGGCUCCAUUAUUGUUCCAGAAAGUGUGAAGAUUCUGCUUCUGGACGCGUGUGACGCGUUGGAGGUAACGAUGGAUAUCAUGAUUUUCACGGGGAUAGGCUUUUCACAAUGCUUCAGCAAUCACCAU